GGUAGAGCAUUUUCAUAGUGAUAAAGUUUUACCAGAUUAUCAAGUUAAACCAAAGUGAUUUAAAGUAAUUCUGAAAAUGAAUUCCAUCUCUAUUCUUACAGUUUUUACUGUUUUAAUUGUUUCAGCAAUUGGUCGACCACAGCAAGGACAAGGAGCUCAAGUUGGAUUUAAUGCUCAACGAGGUCCUGGAGGUCCACAAGGAGGACAAGGUGGCCAAGGUAGCCAACGAGGUCCACAAGGAGGUCAAAUGGGAUUCGGAGGUCCACAAGGAGGUCAACAAGGUGGCUUCGGUGGACAAGGAGGCCGAGGUCCACAAGGAGGACAAGGUGGCUUCGGAGGUCCACAAGGAGGUCAAAUGGGAUUCGGAGGUCCACAAGGAGGUCAAGGAGGAUUUGGUGGUCAAGGUGGCCAACGAGGUCCCGGAGGUCAAGGUGGCUUCGGAGGACCACAAGGAGGUCAAGGUGGCUUCGGAGGUCCACAAGGAGGUCAACAAGGUGGCUUCGGUGGACAAGGAGGCCGAGGUCCACAAGGAGGACAAGGUGGCUUCGGAGGUCCACAAGGAGGUCAAAUGGGAUUCGGAGGUCCACAAGGAGGACAAAUGGGAUUCGGAGGCCCACAAGGAGGUCAACAAGGUGGCUUCGGAGCUCAAAGUGGAUUUAAUGGCCAACAAGGUGGAUUCGGAUUCCAAUAUUGAAUGAGACAUUAAUCCAUCAGCUGAUGGAUAAACCAAUAACGAAAACAUUAAGCUUAAACUAAGUCUUAUUAUAAAAAAUAUGAUAAAAUAAACUUUUAUUCAAAAAAAAAAUAAUUAAUAUCACCGUUAAACUAUUUCCAACAUUGAACAAAACGACGUCAAGAUCGGAUAUUAAAUCAAAAUCAAUUAAACAUUUGAAUUACCUUUACUAAAGGAAAGUGA